AUGUAUCGUGUGGCAAACUGUUUACGUUCACUGAAAUGUCUGCAUACUACGCCAACAAGUACAAAGGUCAAUUUUUCAAAAACGCUCAAAGCUUUCCUUGCUUCUAGUUCUUCAGAUAACAUUACCAGGGAAUCCAUAUUCACGGACGAACACGUAGAACUACGACGUACUCUGAAUAAAAUAAUCGAGAAAGAUAUAAAUCCGUACGUGGACGAAUGGGAGGCAGCAUGUAGGUUUCCAGCUCAUGACGUAUUCAAGAAACUGGGAAGUGCUGGUCUUCUUGGCUUGAACAAACCAACAGAGUAUGGUGGCAUGGCACUUGAUUUUACUUUCACCCUUGCUAUGGCUGAAGAAUUAG